GCUGAGAUUGGAAACAUAUGAGCAUAUAUGUUUUUAUUUUAUAUCAAUCUAAAGUUUUUUAUCAUUAACAAAAUACUUUGUUUCAACGACAAUGUGGUCCAUUUUUUCCCGUGAUCCAUCUAAAGAUUUUGGAUACGAAAUUAACGAGCCGGUCUUGAAUGAUGAGAAUUGCAUUUGGAUUCUGCACAAAGGGAAAAAGAAGGUUAGUGGUGAAAUUGUAUCCAUUUUCCGAUAUGAAUUGAAACUAAAUGAAUCAUCUUACAUGGAUAUGGCCAAAAAUUCAUUAAAAAGGCUCAAAACUUUACGGCAUCCAUCCAUAUUGACGUAUAUUGAUUCUUUGGAGACGGAUAAAUACAUACUUAUUGUAACGGAACAUGUACAGCCAUUAUUCGUUUUCUUAAAAGAAAUGUCCAAAUGGCCAGAACAGCAAAAAGAAUCAGCCAUUUCGUGGGGAAUUUAUUCAGUUUCCAAGGGUCUUUGCUUUCUUAAUAAUGAUUGCAAAAUGAUACAUGGUAAUCUUUCGUUGGGUUCUAUAUUCAUAAAUGAUUCAUCUGAUUGGAAACUUUUCAAUUUCGAGUAUCUUACAAAUAUUGGCUCAACUCAACCAGUGAAAUCAUUUUAUCCACAUAAAAUAUAUACUGCUCCUGAAGUGCAAGACCAUAAUAAUAGACCUACAAGUGAUAAAAGACUAGAUGCUUGGGGAUUAAGCUGUUUAAUUUGGGAAAUUUUUAAUGGACAACUUAAUGAACAAGCUCAAUUGAAAAACACGAAACGCUUGCCAAAAAAAUUGAUCCCAUUAUAUUCAAAUUUGAAUAAAAAUGUUUCACAAAGGUGCCUUAUCGAAGAUUUUCUGACUAAAGGACAAGAUAAAAAUGGAUAUUUCAAAAAUACCUUUAUCGAUACUAUGAAUUUUCUUGAAGAGAUUCAGAUUAAAGAUUCGACCGAAAAAAAUCGUUUCUUUUCCAAUCUUAAUAAUGCGCUUGAAUCGUUUCCGGUAUAUUUUUGUAAAAAUAAAAUACUAUCAUUUGUAGUCACGUCAUUGGAGUAUGGUGAAGCCAAUUGUCAUUGUUUGGAACUUUUGAUAAAGAUUGGAAAAAUGCUAAAUGAAAAUGAAUAUCAAAAGAAAGUGACGCCCAGUAUUAUCAAAUUGUUUGCCAGCAAAGAUCGUUCAAUUCGUUCAAAGUUAUUGAAAGAAAUAGAUGAAUACAUUGAUCAUACACCGACUCAAGCUGUAAAUGAUCAAAUAUUUCCAUAUCUUGUCCAUGGAUUCAUGGAUUCUAAUCCUGUUAUUCGUGAACAAACCGUCAAAAGUAUUUUUCAUUUGGCUUCAAAAUUAAAUAAUCAAAACCUGAAUGAAGAGGUAAUUAAACAUUUCAGUAGGAUACAGAUUAAAGAUCCUGAGGGAGGAAUUCGAACAAAUACGAUCAUCUGUCUGGGAAAAAUUGCCUCACAUUUUCAGCCACAAACUCGACAGACUGUAAUGUUGCCAUUAUUUUUGAGAUCUUUACGUGAUCCAUUUCCUCCUUCACGUAUCGCGUGUAUUCAAUCCUUGAUGGCAACACAAAAUUUUUUCACUCUACAAGAUUGUACAUCAAAAAUUAUGCCGGCAUUGUGUUUGAUUUUGAUGGAUCCCGAGAAACAAGUUCGUGAUCAUGCCUUUAUGACAUUGACAAAUUUUAUACAAAAAAUUGAAAAAUUCUCAGAAAAUCCUGCUCUUAUUGAGCAUAUGGAAAGUGAAAUUAACAAAUCCGGUACGAAUGUUUCGUCUAAAUUCACUACUGGUCUCAGUUGGGCUGUCAAUUCUUUGGCAGCCAAAUUGACAAGGACCAAAAUUGAAAACGAUAAUAAUAAUGAAAAUGAACAGAAGCAUUCACAAUCGAUUCAGGACAAUCAUUCAUCUACGUCAACUUUCAAUCAGCAAAAACAUCCGAAUAGUGAUAAGGAACAAGUUUUGAGCAAAGAUAAUCAAAUGAAAAUUAGUUCUAUCGAUGAUCUUACCGGAAAUUCAGAUGGCUGGGAGGGAGAUAAUUGGGAAAAUGAUUUACUUGAAGAUUGGAAGGAAAUUGUUCCACCGGAAUCUGUCGUACAGAAAGUCCAUAAGAUUAAUGACGAUGAAAAUGGCUGGAAUAAUGAUGAUAUAAAUUGGGAUGAUAAUACUGAUUUUGGAAAGAAAAAUGAAAAUAUUUUAACUACCAAAAAAUCUAAUGAAGAAAUAUUGAAACCAAGAAUAAGACAAACUGGAGGUGGUUCGACGUCUAAAGUGCAAAAAAAGGGUCCAAUGAAAUUGGGUGCUCAAAAAUUGAGAAAAAAUUUUGAUUAA